CGCCGCUGUACACAUCGAGAAUUCUUGCGUCAGUAGUGGCGCCUACUCCAGUGGUUCUUUUGUUUAACUUUCAACAAAAUUAUAAUUUUGUAACUAGAACUUAUGGACUUUCUUCAAACCUCUGUUAAUUGAGUUAUUUACAAGCUAUUCAAAGGAUUGGAUUGUGUGACAGUGAAGUUUGUGAUUUUGUUUUCACUUGACUUUGGACUACAGGACGUAUCUCAUACUGGAAAUUGUAUCAACAACCACCCCAAUCGUGAUAUCCCACCGCCGACGCCGUUGCCCAAAUAAGGGAAUAGAAUCGCGCGCGCCAGCAUCACAAGCAUCAAACAGCCGUGAACACAGGGAUCAUGGCCUCGCCUGGCGUCAAACGGAAAUCAUCGUUCCACUUGUUGACUCGUUACAUUUCUGUUUAUUAAGUAGUAGCAGUAGCAUGUGACGCGUCUAAGAGGGUUGGUGGGCAUCGGCCUGUGUCGUUGCAAGGUGAGGAUGUAUCGACAGGUGUGAGUGAAGCAGUGAAGGAACUUGCACGUGAUAAAUUUGCUUUUUUUUUUAAAGCAAAAGAAGAGAAAAUGGGUAAACUCUUGAGCCUUUUGGCUCGCGAUGAGUCAACCUGCUGCACACCCCAAAAAUACGAUGUCUUCCUCGACUUUGAAAAUGCUCAACCCUCCGACAAUGAACGAGAGACUUUCGAGGCGGUACAAAGAGUUUUGAAAAAUUCCGAGUCCAUACUCGAGGAGAUACAGUGCUACAAAGGAGCUGGCAAGGAGAUUCGCGAAGCUAUCUCAGCACCCACCGAAGAGUGCCAGCGCAAAGCGUACCUGACUGUUGCACCUCUGGUUGCCAAGCUCAAGAGAUUCUAUGAAUUUUCCUUGGAACUAGAAAUAGUGGUGCCAAAGAUUCUUGGUCAACUGUGUUCCGGCAAUCUCUCACCCACACAGCACCUGGAAACUCAGCAGGCCCUCGUAAAACAGCUGGCAGAGAUUCUCGAAUUUGUUCUAAAAUUCGACGAGCACAAGAUGAAAACCCCAGCGAUACAAAAUGACUUCAGUUACUACCGCAGAACCUUGACAAGAGCAUCACUGGUGAGACAAGACAAUACAGAGAGUGACCUGGUGGUUGGUAACGAACUUGCCAAUCGAAUGUCCUUAUUCUACGCCAACGCCACACCCAUGCUCCGAGUGCUGAGUCACGCUACCAUAACAUUUUUGAUGGAGAGGCAGGAUAUACCGAGGGAAAAUAUUACAGAGACUAUUGGGACAAUGGCCAAAGUAUGUUUGAGGAUGUUGGAGAAUCCAAAUCUCUUGGCACAAUUUCAACGGGAGGAGACUCAACUAUUCGUCCUCCGUGUGAUGGUGGGUUUAGUGAUACUUUACGACCACGUACAUCCUCAAGGAGCUUUUGUCAAGGGUUCAAACGUGGAUGUGAAGGGAUGCGUAAAGCUUUUGAAGGAUCAGCCGCCCUGCAGAAGUGAGGGCUUAUUGAAUGCCCUUCGUUACACAACAAAACACUUGAACGAGGAGAAUACACCGAAAAAUAUCAAGAACCUGCUAGCAGCAUGAUUACCAAAGCAGCGCGGCUGUUGCAUUCGAAGUUGAAACAGUUUGGUCGUAUCGGUAUAUCGUAAUGAUGGUCCUCCCAAUCUCAGAAUAAGAAUGGGGGCCAAUGCUGCCGAACUGAUGAUAACUGCCACUUUGAUACUUGAAUUCACUGAUGAAUACAAGAAAAAUUGGGAAAAAGGGGGCAGAGAAAACGAGGCUAUCUGAGGAGAAAACUGUAUGCUUCUGAGGCAUUAUCACAAUGCCCAUUUUAUCUCUAAACUAUUAUUAAUUACUGCUUAGUUUUUAAAUCAUUGUAUUAAUUACUUUAAUCGUAAGUCAGAAUGCUUCAUUACACACGAUGGGCCAUUAUCGUUAUGUCAAUACUAUAGCUCUUCACAGUGUAAUUUAAUGACUGACGAAACACAGAUCUUCCUGUGUAGUUUAAUGAAUGAUUAAUUCGUCGAGUCAUGACAGCAUAUCACGUGCACUAGAUUUUCUAGUGAUGGAGAUUUUUUUCUUCAAGUGAAAGAAAUUGUUUAAUCUACGUUGGCGGAUUAGCAGAUUUUUACAUCCUGUUUUUGUUUAGAAAAUCUGUUGUUAGCUGUGAGUAAGAAUAUAAUUGGAGUGAGAAAAUUCGACGCAAAUAUUGGGGAAUAAGUGGGGGAUAAUUUUGUGUUCGAAUACUGCCAGUGUAAUGUGAAUCAGAAUUUUUCUCUGAAAUUCGUUCUAAAUUAUAUUAACAAUUAAUGGUAAACAUAGAAAGUAUAUUAUCAGGUCUAUGAACGUGUAAAAAUAAAUUUUUUUCGUGAUCAUACCACCAUUUGGACCUUGGAAUUUGAAUCAAUUACUGUAUACAAAUAGAGAAGUAUUAUUGACGAGAACCAAAGAUAAAUGUAUAUUGUACAUUAUGUAGAAUGGUAAUUGACGAAAUUUCCUAGUAUUAAUAUUCAGAAAAAUUGCGAUUAUAAAUGAAAAAUUGAUUGGUAUCAACAUGUUAUCGAUAUGAAUAAGUAUAGAUACUAUUAUUGUCACAUGCACGUGAAACGUGGCCAUUGCAGGCUGAAUGUCAAAAUGAAAAAACAUUGGUACAACAUGUUAAUGCAACAAGGGAAUUGUGCAACCUCGGUUGAGCACCUGUCAAUCAGCAUAAAGACUGGAAUUAUGGGCAGAAUUGUCCACAGACCUCCUCUGACUGUCGUUUAGAGGAAAAAAUAUCGAAGUGAAGGUUUUAUAUUUUUUCUCGUCAGUUCAAUUAUUAUGGCUUACGCCACUCAGCAUUUAUAAGCGCACAUUAUUCUCUGUAAUAUCGAAUUGUUUUCUGUUUCUUUUGGUACUGAAUGUAUAACGUAUUUCAUGAAAUAUGACUGAUGAUGCCCUUCUGAA